ACCAGGUAGAGUGACAACAUGACUGUCUCGUUAGUCAUACUGAGCCCUGCUACCAAACUGUCUGACUGGGAUGAGCAGGUUUCUUCUCUAUCACAUCACAGCACAGCAGGAGACUCAGACGCCACUGUAUGGUUGCUCCACCAAGGAGACACACCAUUGUAUAGACGAGAGAAAAAGGAAUCCCCAAUAAGUCAGAUCUUGAGAAAAGAAACACAACAGAGACAUAAUAAUAAGAGACAGUCAUAACAAGACAACUUGAGGGUUAUCUAGAUAUAGAGCAUAUAGACUGACUCCACACACCAGAGUAUCAGGAUGAAAAUCCGCGUGAUGCAGAUCUGGGGCUUCCUGAUGACAGUGCUGGGCUGGAUCUUUGUGGCGUGCUCUAUCGCCAUGGAGGGCUGGAAGAUCACGUCCAUCGGGGGCAUGGGCGGCUCGGCUGUCAUCAAGGUGGCCUGGUACUGGUCUAACCUGUGGAAGGCCUGCUUCACUGACUCCACUUCUGUCACCAACUGCCAAGACUUCCCUGUGCUCUGGUCCGUGGACAACCACAUCCAGAUUGUGAGGGGCCUGCUGAUGGGUGCUCUGUCUUUGGGGAUGCUGGGGUUCGUACUCAGUCUCAUUGGGAUGGAGUGCACCUUCCUCGGGGGCAAGGACAAUGCUAAGUACAGGAAGAUCUUCACUGGAGGAGUCUGUCACAUCAUUAGCGGCAUACUGGCUGCGUCAGGAUAUGCUGUCUACGCAAAAUACGUCUCUGGGGAAUACUUCAACCCCUAUUUUGAUGGAUUAAAGUUUGACCUGGGGACUCCUCUGUUUCUUGGCUGGGUGGGAUCAGCUUUCCAUAUGACAGGGGGUUGGUUCUACCUGGUCUCUGUGUGCAAACUGCUCUGUGAGGACAAGAGCAAAACUAUAGUCAUCCCUGAACUUCCCGAGGUUGAGUGUGACCAGGCCAAGUCCACCACAGCACAGUCCCCAGUAUCCCAGAUCACCUCAAAGAUCAAGGUUGCAUCUGCAUCUGCAUCUAAGAUUUCUUCCAAAUCUGCACACUCAGAUGUGUCUGCCAUCUCCUCAAGGUCUGGUCAGUCCGGUCGCGUGUCAGAGCGAUCUGGACGGUCCUCGAACUCCGGGCAGUCCUCGAAAUCUGACGGUGGGUCUUUGACGUCUGGUCGUUCAUCGAGGUCCCAUGGGUCAAUACACUCUGAGGUGAGCAGCGGCAGCAAUAGAACAGUGUCCUCUUUAUCCAGUGGGUCAAGGAGGAGCGAGAGAGAACCGUUUAUCAAAAACUCCUACAUAUGACCUGGUUCUGUGCAUAGUAUCUGGGAUUUUGACUGGACCGAACUGACGUAACAAUUGUAUAUACUGUAUAUGAUGAUUAGAGCUGUCAGAGUCUAUCCUUUAACUCAAGUUAACUUUUUGAAUUUUAGUGCAUUCAUGUUUUUUAAUCGCGAUUAAUCGCAUUGUCUGAAAGCUUUCAAAAUACACUGAAAACAUCCUAAAUACUUUGGACAACUCAAUUUCUGAAUUUCUGAAUUUGCGAUGAAUCACAACAAAUCCUUUGAUUAACUCGAUUACAUUUUUGAAUCGUUUGACAGCCCAAUGAUGAUCCAAUUGUGAUUCUGUAUGUGGGGAAAAGUCUCUGUAUCUAAUGGCCUGUUUCCUGAGAGUGUUUCACGAUCAUCAAAUAAACUGCUUCAUCACAUUCAUUGUUUCAUGUAUUGCUAUUGAUAAUGUCAUUAAA